AUGUCCAAGGCGUUCAGCUUGGCAGGUAUUCGACUUGGAUGGGUCGCAUCCAGAAGCUCCGAGAUCAUCGAAGCCUGCGCAGACGCGCGUCACUACACCCUGAUCUCGGUUGGGCAACUCGAUGACAGCGUCGCGACGCAUGCAUUGUCCACAUCAUGCGUUGGAAACCUACUCAAGCGUAAUACAGAUCUUGCACGGCAGAAUCUGAAGGAUUUGGAAGAGUUUGUCCGUGAUUAUGAGAGCAUGGCGACGUGGGUCCGCCCCCGGGCUGGAACAACUGCUUUCAUUAAGUUCAUCAAGAAUGGAGUCCCCGUUGACGAUGUGGCAUUUUGCCAACACCUUUACGAGAAAAAUGGGGUUAUGUUGGCUCCUGGUAGCCAGUGCUUUGGGGACGGAAAGGACUUUAAAGGUUAUGUUCGCGUGGGAUAUGUUCCUGAGCGACAGGUAUUGGUGGACGGAUUGAAAGCUCUGCGGGAAUUCAUGGAGAAUGGGUUCGAGAGUGUACCUCUUGCAACUAAAUGA